AUGACACAAAUCAGCAGUCUGAUAGCCAUCGCCGUAGGCGCCUUCAUCAUCAGCCAGUGUGUGGCUAUCAGCCUGCCCAGCCUGCCCAGCCUUCCCAGUCUGCCAAGUCUCUUCUCUCCUGCCAAGAAGGACGAUGACUCUGACAAGGAUGACGAUCAUCAUCACACCCACAAACCGACCAAACCUCCACUCAUCCCAGCCAUCCCCCACCCGGCCGACCACCCUCUCCACCCUCACAACAACCCCAACCAUCCCCUUCACCCCGACAAUCUCCCAUCCCUCCCUCAUCUUCCGUCUCUCCAUCUCCCCUCUCUUCCUCAUCUCCCAUCUCUCCCUCACUUCGACAAGGAGACAAUCCACGCCACCAAAACUGUGUUUGUGGAGGUGACAGACCGGCUGACGAUCCACCCCGUGUGUAUGACGGUACACAAGCACUUGCCACCCUGUCUACCGUACAACCCCCAACACGACGGUCUCUACCGGCGCGAGGGUGAGGUAGCCUCUGCCAUCCAGCCGACAGCUGCCGUCGAACUUCUCGAGCCAACACGCAUCUUGGGCGGCGUUUCAAUUUCUGAAUCCGCCCCUGCUGAAGUGGUGGAGCCCAUAGAGUCGUCAGAAGGUAUUGAAGAGGCCCGUGCUGAAGUGGUCGAGUCAAUAGAGUCGUCAGAAGGUGCUGAAGAGGCCCGGGCUAAAGUGGUCGAGCCCAUAGAGUCGUCAGAAGGUGCUGCAGAAGCUCGUGCUGAAGAGUCCUCGAGAGAUGCUCGCUACAUGAAACUCACCCCUGCUAUCAGCUCGGACGACAAGGUCGAGAUCAAGGAUGAACCCUCGGAUCACGGUAGUCUGUCUCCGCUCAACGUCGUACACAACUUGAUCCAUGGCAGCCCUGUCACGCACUAUAAGACCAAAACUCUCUGGGUGACAAAAGUGGAAAAGGUGUUCGACACGAGAGUCACGGCGACUUUGCUGGCACAGAACUGCGUGCCCACCAACUCCCACAUUCCCCUGUGCGCCCCCCACGGAGGGCUGUUUGCCCCCGGUUACCACGGUGGUAUCUUCGCAGAGAGCUUUGGAGGUCAUUUUCUAGCGAAUAUUCUCGGUGAUAAAUUUCAAGGACAUCACUCAAAAAACAAGGUCGGUGAAGAAAGCAAUACACAUCCCUCCGAUGAGAAAGAGUCCACCAAAGAGGGACAGACUGGAGAAAAGGAAACCGAGGAAACUGAUUAACUUAAGAAGAGGAAAUCGAUGUUUAGCAUAAUCUUUUAAUUUAUUGUUA